AUGUCUAUCGAAGAGCCCUCUGAGAAGAAAGGAGACUUUACUGGGGUUGAUCCCAUCGUCUCUGGGACCCUGGAUACUGCACUGGGUCAGUUGCAUCUGAAUGAGUUAGAAGAAACUGGGCCCGGAGUUGCUCCAGAUGCCAGUAUUGAGCCCUCAAAUGAUGGCUAUACCCAUUUCUCCUCGAUCCCACCUUCGCAUAUGUUUCCACAUCCUCAGAUGUUUAGCAUGGGGUUUAUUCCAUAUUCUCAAAUGAUGCCUGUCCCACACCAUACAGGUUUUUUCCCUCCGCCAGAGUCCGGAUUGGGCAUGGCAGGCAAUACAUCGAAUGGACCCGUUAUGUUCAACAACUCGAACGAUGCCUCGGUGUUUGCUGCACCACCGGGCCCCAGCUCUAAUAGCUUAGGCGUCGGUUCAAUUGGGGGAGAAACUCCUGCCACGGCCACUAAUGAUCCACUUUGGGCAUCGAAUGUCACUGCUCAGGCGGUAGUCGAUCCUUUGGCUUCAUCGUCUGCUAUUGAGGCAACAGAUUUUUUGAAAGGCCAUUCUCCUGCAACUGCGUUCAGAAGGCAAACUUUUCAUGCUCUGUCGCCUAGUGACAUGGUUGAUCCAUUGUUGAACAAGAGCUCAAUGGCAGAUGUUGCUACUGAUUCGGGUCUGCCCGCUGGGAGUAUCGCAACUGGUCUCGUACAACCGGGCCAUACUGGUCUUGGUUCUACUACUAGAGCUCAGUCCAUAUCAUUAGAGAAGAACAAAAACAAUCCAAUCUUUGGAACACCAGACACCAAUAAGAAGCAAGAGGAAUCGAAACUUGUUCCAGGUGAGGAGAAAACUACGAAUUCGACUUCAUACGCCGCAGCUUAUCCAUAUGGAGGCCCAUUGAUGCAGCCGAAUCCCGUGCUUUCGGGCCAUCCACCACCUGGUUCUUCACCUGCAUACGGUGUUCCUUCCCCCUUUCAUGGUGCUUACGGGUUUGCUUCACCUUUCCAGUUCUCUGGAAUGGGGAGCCCAAAUGCUCAGUUGCCACCUCAUACGCCUUAUCGCGUUUCACCCAGUGGUGAGUCUGCUACAAAUCAUCAAGUCCCAGAUGGCAAUGACGAGAGUCCAGGGAGUGGCCGUGCGCUAGAAGAUCCAUCUUCGGUGGUACAAUCCCCUCCUCAGGGUCUCUCAGUGAAUCAGCACCAACCAAGCGGUACGCCGCCUCCUUGGAUGUACGGGAAUCAUCCUUUUGGAAUGGUUCCGCAUCCACAUGCUUUCUCUCCAGGCCACCCACAUAUGAUGCAUCCCAAUGAGGGUCACCAAAACGAAAACCAAAAUCAUAAUAAUCGUCGUUCAAACAACGGCGGUCAUAGAGGUGGGAGAUCUGGUCAUUACGGAGGUGGAAGGAACAAGCACAAUAAAAACGGGAAUCAGUACUACCAAAACAAUGGAAACGAUAAUGCUAGUAGACAGCGGAAAAUGGAGGACGCCGCACGUUACGCUGAUGCUACGCUCGACCAAUUUAUCGGAAACAUCCACUCCCUUUGUAAAGAUCAGCAUGGCUGCCGGUUCCUGCAAAAGCAGCUAGAUAUUCUUGGUAGCGAGGCCGCAGAUUCGAUCUUUGAAGAGACUAAAAAUCACACUGUGGAGUUGAUGACCGAUUCAUUCGGUAAUUAUUUGAUUCAGAAGCUACUAGAAAGGGUGACGGUGGAACAGAGGAUAACGCUAGCUAAAAUUGCAGCCCCACAUUUCGUCUACAUCGCAUCUAAUCCGCAUGGAACUAGAGCUCUACAAAAGUUAGUCGAAUGCAUCGGUAGUAAGGAGGAGGCAAACAUUAUAAUCGGUUCAUUGAAGGGUUCUGUUGUUGAGCUCAGCAAAGACUUAAACGGUAACCACAUCGUUCAAAAAUGCUUACAAAAGCUCCAACCCAACGAUGUGCAGUUUAUUUUCGAUGCUGCUUCUGAACACUGUACUGAGAUCGCAACUCAUAGACAUGGCUGUUGUGUCCUGCAACGUUGCCUGGAUCAUGGUGAUGAGGUACAACGUCAAAGACUUUGUGACAAGCUACUAAGCAACAUAGAUCAUCUGACCCUGGAUCCUUUUGGCAACUAUGUUGUGCAGUAUAUUAUCACAAAAGAGUCGGAAUCGGGGAACAACUAUUUCACUCUAAAGAUUGUUCAAGCCCUCAAAUCAAAGGUCACCGAGCUUUCUUUGCACAAGUUUGGCUCGAACGUCAUUGAGAAAAUCUUGAGGACGCCAGCUGUAUCGGAUGACCUGAUAACAGAGCUUUUGAGCUCUAGAGCAGAAGCGGAUAUUCAAGCGCUACUAAAUGAUGGCUACGGAAAUUAUGUCCUUCAAACCAUGCUAGACGUCACCCAUCAAAACAAUCAUUACCUUCACGAGAGCCUCGUCGAAAUUGUCCGGCCACUUGUCGUUGGACCCAUCAGAAACACACCACAUGGAAGAAGAAUCAUGGGUAUACUACGAAUGGAAUAA